GCCUUGCUUCCCUCGUGCCCUCUGCUGUGGCCCAGCAGUCACCAGCUGCAAUGUGCUCCAGCAAUUACAACAGCUUUUCUGGGACUUAGAAAAUCAGAACCCGAUUUCUUGCUCAUUAACACCUUCCUGUAUGAUUUGAAACUGUCACCAUGGACUUUUCACGCCUACACACGUACACUCCUCCCCAAUGUGUGCCAGAGAACACUGGCUAUACAUAUGCACUCAGUUCAAGUUAUUCUUCAGAUGCUUUGGAUUUUGAAAUCGAACACAAAAUAGAUCCAGUGUUUGAUUCACCAAGAAUGUCACGGCGUAGUUUACGGUUAGCUGCUGCAGGAUUUAAUAAACCAGAUAGUGCCCGAAAUGAUCUCCUUCAUGACAGCCCUUACACCGGGAAUGUGACGUUCAGGGAACAGUCUUCUAAGAUGGUGAAGCAGCGCAAAAGCAUAAACAAACAGUCUGGCAGCAUGAGAGAUGUGCCAAGGAAAAAUCUGUCCAGCUCUCCCAUCUUUAACCAAAGCAGUUUCCUCAGCCGUGCCAGUGAUACGUCAAUGGUAUCCACCGUGCUGGAUGAAUCUUCGAUUCGAGAGCAGACAGAAGUUGAUCAUUUCUGGGGUCUUGAUGAUGAUGGAGACCCUAAAGGUAGUGAUGCCACGCUUUUGCAGAAAAAUGGCGAUAUAGCAACAGCAGAAACGCAGACAACAAUGAUAAAUGGGUACACGUGCAGUGACUGCAGCAUGCUUUCUGAACGGAAGGAGGUUCUUACAGCAUACUCUGCUUCUUCUGUGCCAUCUUCCAGAAUUUACUCCAGGGACAGAAGCCAGAAACACGCAUCUAGGGGCACCUAUUUCUACAUGAGUAAGAUUCUGCGAUUGGUCAAACAUACUGCAGCAUCUCUUGCAUCACUAUUAGUGCAACUCUUUCAAAUGGUUUUGCUGAAGCAGAGUUAUGAAUCUAAAGCUCACUCAGAUUACUGUGGAAGCAUGAAUAUAAUGGAGUUUUACAGAGAGGAUAGCCAUCUUGAUGUAAAUGAGGAGUCAAUAUGUGAUGACUGUAAGGGGAAGAAACAACUUGAAAUACACACCACAGAGCACAUGCAAUCCUCCAGGGCUAAAAGGGUAGCAAGGACCAUUUCGCACAUCUUUUCUUAUGCAGGUUACUUUGUGCUGCACGUGUUGCGAGCAGUGGGAGCAGCUGGAUGGCUUGUGUCCCAGAAGGUGUUGUCUCUACUUUGGCUGGCCAUUCUUUCCCCAGGGCGAGCAGCUUCUGGCAUCUUCAGGUUGCUUAGAGCUGGCUGGAAUCAACUUCUUACUUUGUUGUAUUUGCUGAGGGCAUUUAUUGUUAGAAGAUGCCUUCCAAGGAUUUCCAGGCUGUUGCUGUUUCUCAUCCCACUGCUGUUUCUACUAGGUUUAUGGUUCUGGGGGUUUGACAGAUUUAUUGCACUGUUGCCUCUGUUGAACCGGACAAGAAUUGAUAAAGUCCAGAGCAUAGAUGACCAUACUUAUAUUCCUACUCUACAGCCUGAUUCUUCUCAUUCUGUACAGCCUCCAGAGGAUACUAUAAAUAUAUUUGAUUCUACUCGGAUAAGUGAACUGGAGAAGCAGAUGGCCUUCGUGUCUGACAGAUGCCAUCAUCACGAUGAGGAACAUAGCAAAGUGCUGCUUCUACUCCAUAACCUUCAAGAUCGGGUUGCCCAGAUGGGUGACAGAAAUGAAAUAUUGAAGCUAAUAAGAAACGUGAUGGAUCAGCAUCUUAAAGAUAAGAGACUGGAGGAAAAGACUGACUUCUUGGCUUUACAUCAAGAGCACAACUUGCGCAUCAAAACAUUGGAAGAUCUUCUUAGAAAACUCUCUGCUGAAUCUAAGGACAUUCAGAAGGAGCUUGAAAUAGCCAAAGCAAAAACAAUGAGAGAUAGUGAUGAACAUAAUCAACUCUUAUCCAAAGUUAAAAAGCUGGAACUAGAGUUGUCUCAAGUGAAAUCAGAGCUAUUAACUGCUGAGAGUGCGAAGACAAGUUGUGAGAAAAUAGAUGUCAUUCAUGAAAAAGUAGAUGCCCAAGUUAAAGAAUCUGUCAAGAUGCUGCUUUUUGGUGAUGAACACAAGGACUUUCCUGAAUCGCUUCUCCAGUGGCUUACAUCCAAUUUUGUGACCAGAAGUGAUCUGCAAACUGUACUGCAGGAUCUGGAGUUGCAAAUUCUCAAGAAUAUUACUCUACAGAUGGCUGUAACAAACCAAAGAAUAACAUCUGAAGUAGUAACAAAUGCUGUGAACAACGCAGGGAUUUCUGGAAUCACAGAAGCACAAGCACAGAUCAUUGUAAACAAUGCACUGAAGCUGUAUUCUCAAGACAAGACUGGUAUGGUGGAUUUUGCCUUAGAAUCUGGAGGUGGCAGCAUUUUGAGUACUCGCUGUUCUGAAACCUAUGAGACAAAAACAGCCCUAAUUAGCCUCUUUGGAAUUCCUCUGUGGUACUUCUCUCAGUCUCCCAGAGUGGUUAUUCAGCCUGACAUGUAUCCAGGAAACUGCUGGGCUUUCAAGGGAUCAGAGGGAUACCUUGUAGUUCGACUAUCCAUGAAGAUCUAUCCGACUGCCUUCUCAUUGGAACACAUACCAAAAACACUUUCACCAUCGGGAAAUAUCACCAGUGCUCCUAGGAAGUUUUCAGUAUACGGCUUAGAUGAUGAAUAUCAAGAGGAAGGCACAUUUCUUGGACAGUUUGUCUAUGACCAAGAAGGGGAGCCGCUGCAGAUGUUUACAGUGGAGAAAAGUGAAAAGGCAUUCCAAAUAGUGGAACUGAGAAUUCUUUCUAAUUGGGGACAUGCGGAGUAUACCUGUCUUUAUCGGUUCAGAGUGCAUGGGAAACCUGCUGAGUAAUCCCCUACACUACAGCUUGGGUUGCUUUGUUGUACAUUUUGUUACCAAUUUGUAUAUACUGGACAGCCUAGAACACUGGAAUCUUUAAAGGAUGAGGAUGCAAGAUAGAUUCUACAGAGUUACCAAUCCUCUGAUAAAGGCAGAAGACUGUCAGCACAACUGUACAAAAUAAAACUAAUUUGCUCUCAUGCUCAGCUUGUAAUUGCCAGUUAGCUUUAUAUUUUUGUGUCCAUGCUGAGAGAAAUAAUGCAUGCAAACGGCUCUGGUUCACAAAGCCCAGUUAGCAAUCAGGUGGUUCCUAUUUUAUUACAAAUGAAUGUAUAUGUGUUUUUUUGUUGUUGUUUUUUUAAAGAAUAAACCACACUUUCUGCAACUAGGAUUUUUUUUUUCUUUGAAUUCAGGACUCAGCUGCAUAUUUCUGUUAGCUCAGCACUGCAAGCCAAAUAAUAAUGUCAUGGAGUUUCAACAGCCUAUGGCUACAGGUGUCCUUCAGUUGACUUUGCCUUGACCUGCUGGGGGAAUCCUAAAGGGCUUCUUCAAUAAAUGUUGACUAUAAUAGAUAUUGCUGUCAGGGAAAGUUUUAACACAACCAAAAUUCAUGGAAACACCAGCGACUGAGAAUGCUUUACUGGAACUUUGUGGCCAUGAGUUGCUUUAGAAUUCAGGGAUAACUUGCAGUUAUUUUAAGGGUUUUUUUUUACCACGGCAAUUUGAUGAGCUUAAUUGCUGUAUGUGAAUGUUUACUGAGCAGGUUAACAGUUUGAUCAGCUCUUCUCACUUAGUCCAUCAAGGCUGAUUUGGAACAGAGCCCUAGAGAAGAGCUAUUGGAACUCCUCAAUAAUUCUCUCCUUGGGACGACACUUCCUUACAUCAUUUUUUGGUCGGUAAAUGUUGUACUGCAGGAUGGGGACAAUGGGGCUGUGAGGUCUCAGCAGUACCAUGGAAUGAGAUGUACCAUGUGGGUGUUCAUUAGUCCCAAAGCUUCAUCACACAGCACGUGCUGAGGCUGCUGUGGGGACCCCCUUUAGGAUCGCCACCUUUCAAGAUCCUUUGCAGAAAAGACUUUGUGUGCAGAGCUUUGAUCUCGCCGUCCCCAUGUGUUUUUAUUCCCUGUGAACUGUUACACACGGAGCUGCUGACUGGUGUUCUGAUAUUGCACAACAGUCCUGAUGUUCCAAUACAGUCUCUGCAUGGAGAACUUGAGCCGGAGCCUGUGGCCUAUGCAGAGGAGCUGCAUUAUAUGUACAGGUGUUUUCAUAUGUUACAUAUUUGGAAUGAUCCUGUAUAGAUUGUGAUGGGGGUCGGGGGUAUUUUGGAUAACACUAACUUAUUUUUUAAGGACGCCAGAUCGGACUUUGUGCAAUGUAUUUUUGUAAAUGCUCUUUUCCAAUUGCUUCUUCUAUUGCUGCCUCGAACUGACCAGAUGCUAUUGGAAACGUUUCAAUAAAUAAAAGUUUUAAAUUUGGGG